CUUUUUUGUGCAGAGGUGCUCUCGAACUCGACUCGAGAAAAAUUUUAAGAACAAGAAUCUCCUCCGGAAAAUAAUAGAAUUCUCAAUAAAAUAACUCGAAUAUCUUACCAAAACUUUUAAAAACAUCAAAAGUAAAUAUGUGCCCACAAACUUAGUGAAAAAUAUCAAUUAAAUUACUCAUAAUUACCGCAUAAUUAAAAGCAAUAGCGAUUAAAGCAAAUUUUUUUCCAUAAAAGCAAUAGUCGUGUUGUAUAGUGUUGUAGAGUGCUAUAGCGAUUGACUUCUUUUAUUGAUUCUUCCAAUGGGCGAGAAGAGCAUCACCACCGUCGUCGUCGUCGUUCGUCGUUGUCGAAUGAAAAAAUAAUAAAAAAAGAUUAAAAAAUAACAAAAUAACAAAAGGAAAAGUAGAAAAAAGUCGCGUUUUUUGUUGGGUUUGCUUUGGUUUUAAUUCUUUUUCUUAGCUGUGUUCUUCUCUGUUGUUUGCUAUUGCUUGCUUGCGCUCCAUUUCGUUCAUCUAAUAAACUAAUUUGUAAUAAAAAGAAUUAUUAUUACUUUUUAUUACGAGAUCGAGAUCUGUGUCGUUGUCGUUCUCGAUGUUGCUGUGUUUUGUGAUUUAAACUUAAAAGUAAAAGAACCCAAACCCACUGCCCCCAGUGCCACAGAGAAGUGACUAGUGAGGUUGUGGAGGAGGAAAAGGAGACGCAUACUGCAAGGAACUUUGAAUCCGAACUGAAGAAAAAAAGAUCAAAGAAUCUCAAGCUCAACUCAAAUCCCAUAAUGGAACUCGAAAGGAGGAAGAACUCCAUGGUCUCAGCUUUGAAAACUAUGGUGAUAAAUGCAAAGCCAGCCAAUUGAGACAAAACAUCGACGAAGACGAACAAUAUUUGCCUUCGAAGCGUAGAAGGAAUUUUUUUUUUUUCGAAUUUACGGGCCCAGUCCGAUUCUCCAGCAAGACUAAUAGCAGGAGCUGGGAGCAAGUGUGACAUCAAGAAGAAGAACUCAUCACCGUCUUCGUCAUAAUGGACGGACAAAGGGCACGGGAUAUACUUACGCUCUUACAAGAACGAGCUGUCUAUUUAACUGGUGGGAGGGAUCGCAGAGGAGGACCAUUAUUGUGCUUUCCGGCAACACCGCGCAGGGAGAGACUCAAACCAGAGGAUCUGCGACGAUUACUCAGCUAUUUGAUUAUGAUUCCGAGUGAUGCUGCAAAAAAUCUUGGAUUCACCGUUAUAAUUGACAUGCGAGGCAAUGGCAAUUGUGCGACAAACGUUAAGACAAUACUUAAAGUGCUUCAAGAACAUUUUAGUGCUAAUAUCUAUAGCGUAGUUAUAAUAAAACCUGACAAUUUCUGGCAAAAGCAAAGAGCUUCCAUUUCAACCAAUAAAUAUAAAUUUGAAACGUCCACAAUAUCAAUCGAAGCCCUUAAUAAAAUAGCCGAGACUCAUCAACUAACAACUGAAUUUGAUGGUGUACAACCAUAUGAUCAUCAACAAUGGACAGAUGCCCGAUUGGCAAUUGAGGACUUCUUUUGGCAAGCCAGUGAUAUGGCCGAUCGCAUCGAUGAUAUUCAAGAAGAUCUGCAACGAAACGAUUUCGCUGAGGAUGUUAAUGGCGCCCGGCAUAGUCUGGAUCAUCACAACGAAAUGAAAAAGAAGAUACUCAAGCUACCCAUUGAAGAUUUGGAUAUUCAGCGAAAGAAAUUACUCGCUAAAAUAAACAUGACCAGUCAGCAGCAUGCCGAAGAUGGUUCCUCACAUUCAUCGAAUAAUUCGCCAGGUUAUAGGGCAGCAUCGAAUAAUCCCGAUAUGUCGGCUGCAAUCAGCAAGGCAUUGAGACAGAUUGACUUAAUCCAUCAGGGACAACAGCGGUUGCUGACAUUGUGGCAGCAUAAGAAAACCAAGUUGGAUCAAUGUUUCCAGUGUCGACUUUUCGAAGAAGACUGCGAAAAGAUGUUCGAUUGGAUAUUGCACAACAGAGAUGUUUUUCAAAUGAGCUAUGUCGAAAUCGGCCACAACUAUUCCGUGGCCAAGAGUUUGCAAGAUGAACACCAGAAGUUUGCUGUAGCUUCAAUGAAUGUGUCUGUGAAUAUCGAUCGAAUAUUGGCCGUGGCCAGUCGACUCAUAGAAAGCCAGCAUUAUGCUGCGCAGCAUAUUAAAACCCUGGCCACACGGCUGGACCGUACGUGGAAAGAUUUUGCCGCCGGGUUAGAUGAACGCACCGCUGUUCUUCAACUCAGUGUGCUGUUUCAUCACAAAGCUGAGCAAUACUGCAAUAGUGUAUCGUCGUGGGCUGCUGCUUGUCAAGCAUCCCAACCUCUUCCAUCGGAUAUUCAAAGUCUCGAAACAGCAAUACGGACUCAUCAGUCUUUGUAUGAGGCUAUGUGUCAGGCUUACACAGAGGUGCAUUCCACAAGUAAGAAGCUGCUAUACCAGCUGGAUCACUUGGUGCAGGUUUGCAAUCAGCCGCCACCGCCUGGAGUUCCAGACCAUCGAAAAAACAGCAGCUUCACUAAAUACGAACGCCAAAACCCAGCAGCUGAUUACAGCGAAGGGGCUUCUCAUGUUCUGGCCGUGAUUCAUCAGAUUCUCGGACACCAUCGUUCGCUUGAAGCCAAAUGGCAUCAGGAGAAAAUCCGUUUACAUCAAACCUUGGCGUUGCGACUGUUUCAAGAGGACGUUAAGCAAGUUCUUGAUUGGUUGAAAAACCACGGAGAAGUUUUUCUCCGUAAAAACACUGGAAUUGGCAGAAACCUUCAAAAAGCCCGUGUGUAUCAGAAAUCGCAUGAACACUUUGAGAAUGUUGCACAGAAUACAUACAGUAAUGCAGAGAAGUUGUUGGCAGCUGCUGAAGAGUUAGCUCGCAGCGGGGAAGCCGAUCCAAAUGAAAUUUACUCUGUGGCCAGAGAAUUGGAACUUCAAGUGGCAAGUUUUGCUGAACGUGUCGAGCAGAGGCGCCGUCGCUUGGAUAUGGCUGUCAUAUUUUACACCCACGAAAAAGAAGUAACUUCAUGGAUCGAUCAAUUGCGCACUGAUGUCUCGACUGACGAAACAAUGCUGUCGCAGGAAAAUCUCGAAGGAAUUGAACGUCUCCUGCAGCAGUAUCAGGAUCAACAGGACAGUACACUCAAUGGUUGUAUGCAAACAAUUGCCCAAGGUGAAGCCUUGUUGCAAGAGAUGCGAUCUCUCGAAUAUGUUGACAAUACAGGGUCGAUUUCUGCCUUGGAAACUACUUUAGAAAAAUUAACGAAACAAAAAAUUGAGCUGGAAGAAUUGUGGUCGGCAAGGAAAUUCCGGGCCGACUUGAUUCUCCGUUUGAGAUACUUCGAACGUGAUGCUAUGGAAUUGUCUUCUCAGCUGGAAAUUUGGGCAGAGCAACUUCAACAUGCUGACUUAUCGCGAGACUACCAAAAGGCUGAGCAGCUGAUACGCAUGCAUAAUGAGUCAGUGACCGAUAUACAAAACGCUACUUAUGAAGUCUUGCAACAAGGCCAGGACCUUUUGCAAAUGUUCGAAUCUGCUGGCUUCAUUUCUAUGGCCGAUGCCACUCACACAGCUCAAGCCAGAAUUGAAUAUCUCUUAGAUUUUCUUCGGGAGAGGGAAAUCGAUUUGGAAGAAUUGUCAGAAGCGAAACGGGCAAAGCUCGAACAGGCUGUGCAACUUUGUCAAUUCCAGAACGACGCCAAUCAAGUCAUAAGCUGGAUUCGUAAUGGCGAGGGAAUGCUUGUGGCAAGUUUUGUAACUCCAAGUAGCUUGCUUGAAGCAGAACAGCUUAGGAAGGAGCAUGAACAGUUCCAGGUUGCCAUCGAAAAGACACACACAUCUGCUGUGCAAGUAAAAUACCGUGCUGAUGCACUUGUCAAUGCAAAUCACUACGAUCCGCAAUCGAUUCGAGAUAUUUCCGAUGACGUCACCAAGAAGUGGCAGCAGUUGGUGACAUGUGCCGAAGAGCGCCACAAGCUGGUCACAGCUUCCAUAAAUUUCUACAAGACAGCAGAACAAGUUUGCACUGUUUUGGACAGUUUAGAUCGUGAAUAUCGACGAGAGGAUGAUUGGUGCGGCGGUGGUGGAUCAAGUGACAAAGCCCAGACAAUUGUUCAAUUAAUUUCAAAACACCAAGAACAAAAAGAGGCGUUCUUAAAAGCCUGUACUUUGGCCCGACGAACAGCCGAAACUUUCCUCAAAUAUGCUAAUCGUUCGCAACAGUACUACAAGUAUCAGCCACAGGGAAAUUGUGAGAAUCGUGUCAAGUCGAUUUUGGAUAAGCUCCUUACUCAGGAGAAUCAAGUGCUGGAGUUUUGGACUCAGCGCAAGAAGAGCUUAGAUCAGUGCCAGCAAUUUGUACUGUUCGAACGUUCGGCAAAACAAGCAAUAGAAUGGAUACAUAACACCGGUGAGGCUUACUUGACCUCUCGAACAAAUUUGGUGGGAAAGACUCGUGAAGAAACCGAAAGUCUAUUAAAGGAACACAACGAGUUCCGCAGUACAGCCAAGGAGACAAGAGAACGCGUUAAACUGCUGCUUCAGCUAGCAGACAGUUUAGUAGAGAAAGGACACGCACAUGCUAGUUCGAUAAAGCAAUGGGUUGCAUCUGUGGAUAAUAGAUAUAAAGACUUUAGCAAUCGCAUGGACACUUAUAGGGAACAAUUGGAGAAGUCGCUGGGAAUGUCCAUGGCUGGUGAAUCCGAAUCGAAUACUUCACUUACUUCUACAUCAGGUUCGACAAGUGAUCGACAUUCGGAUCCGUCUCUAGAAGCCAAGCUUAGUUCAAGCAGUAAUGCCAAGGAGAUAAACGAAGAGAAGCGCAAGUCGGCUCGACGAAAGGAGUUCAUCAUGGCCGAACUUAUGCAGACUGAACGGACAUACGUCAAGGAUCUGGAAACAUGCAUAAAAUGCUUCCUAGAAGAAUUCCGAUCCGGUCACAAUGUACCGGCCGCGCUAAUCGGCAAAGAAGAUAUUCUUUUUGGCAACAUGAAAGAGAUUUAUCAUUUCCAUCAGAAAAUAUUCCUACGAGAAUUGGAAAAAUACGAAACUAUGCCCGAAGAUGUGGGCCAUUGUUUUGUCACCUGGGCUCUGAAAUUCGACAUGUACGUGCAUUAUUGCAAGAAUAAACCGCUUUCAAAUAACUUGCUAGUACAGCACAGUGGUUCGUAUUUUGAAGAACUCCAAAGGAAACAUAAAGUCGAGCAUCCUCUGCCGGCGUUUCUAAUUAAACCAGUCCAACGAAUCACCAAAUACCAAUUGUUGUUGAAAGAUUUACUUUCGUGUUGUGAAGAGAGUCAUGGUGAAAUUAAGGAAGGCCUUGAGGUGAUGCUGAAUGUGCCGAAGAAGGCAAACGACGCAAUGCAUUUGUCUUUGUUGGAUAAUUGUGACAUUUCGACCGACAGUUUGGGUGAAGUUGUACUGCAGGAUUCAUUCUCGGCGUGGGAUACUAAGCAAAUUAUACGAAAAGGACGUGAACGCCGAGUAUUUUUGUUCGAAUUGUACUUAUUGUUCGCCAAAGAAGUAAAAGACUCGAAUGGAUCUGUGAAAUAUCAGUUCAAAAACAAACUCAUGACAACCGAAAUGGGUAUUACGGAACACAUAGAAGGCGAUGAGACAAAGUUUGCUGUGUGGACUGGCAGAUCACCUAUGCUCUCUGAUUAUCGAAUCGUACUUAAAGCAAGCAGCUUAGAAACUAAGCAGGUUUGGGCUAAGAAACUGCGAGAGGUUAUGCAAGAAACAUGUUUCUCUGGUACAUCACUCACUCUCCCUAAGUCGCCAGCUAAAAACUCGGCUUCGGGCUCAUCACAAAGAUCAUCACGUGAUCUUGACGAACCUCUUACUGAAAACGACCAUGACAGGUGUUCUCUUGCCAGCUUUGGAUCAGGCAAUACAACUGAUAGUGACAAUAAGGUUGGAGCACUCGAAGCUACAUGGGUUGUGUCUGAUUAUAUCGCUACACCGGGCUCGAAUGAACUUAGUGUUGUGAAGGGUCAACAAGUGGAAGUUAUUGAAAUAGCUCCGGCAACUGAUCCAGACUUUUGUCUUGUAAGACUUAAUCCUCAAAAUAAUGACGAUCCUGUUCAUGAAGGACUUGUACCUGUAUCAAUACUCAAACCUCCUCCAGGUUUACAAAAAGGCACCCCCAACAAAAAGGAGACCGAUUCCAUUCAAGAACAAAAUAACGUCCGCGGAAAACCUGAUCCACUAACAUCAUCAACCAAGAGGCGUGGAUUUAGCGGGAGAAAAUGGUUACCACAGCCAUUAAGGAAGCUUUCACAAGGCAAAGUAGAUAAACCACCGAUGGAGAAGACUCUUACAAAGAAGGCUUCAGAAAGAAACCUCAAACUGUCUACAAAGCAUGCAGAACACGGGGAUGAAUUAACGUCUUCAAUAGCGGGUUCAAUAACGCCCACAAGUGCCCAACAGUAUAUGUCGCAAGUGAAUAACUCACAACAACCAGAUUAUGAACCCGAGGAAGAAGUUGGUUUGGAACUACCUCCGCCAAUGAAACCUAUUCAGGACGCUUGUCUCAUAUCGAAUGGACCACCCGCCUUUAAGGAUAUGAAAGAAAAUCCAGUUAAUUUAGCUGGAACAUUCAAGAAAAUGGAAGGCAACGCAGCAGCGGACUUAUCUGAAAUAGAGCAAAUUGUAAAGGAGAAAACUGAACAACAUGAAGUGAAUUCCAUAAAAAUCAUAAAACCCUUGGACAUUAGUAGUACAGAUAGUAAUGGACGAGAUCUUGAUUUGUGUUAUGCGAAUAACGACAACUCAGAAGAUAACAAUGAUGAGAAUAACUCCGAAACAAAUGAUGUUGAGGCCGCACAACGAAAACGGUUAUGCGCCUUAUCAGAACUUUUGUCAACAGAAGAGCUCUACAUUCAAGAUUUAGCACAAAUUGUUAAUGGUUAUAUCGGAGAAAUUCGCAAUCCCAAAAGUGACAUACCUGAAGAUCUUAAAGGUGGUAAAGAACGAGUGAUUUUUGGAAAUAUUGAAGCAAUCUACGAAUGGCACAGAGACAACUUUUUGAAAUCUCUGCAGCGUUGUAUAAAAACUCCAUCAGAGCUUGGUCCCAUGAUCAAACGUUACGAGGUGAAAUUUCGGAUGUACAAUGUUUACUGUCAAAAUAAACCACUAUCAGAACACGUUUUAUCGGAGCAUGUUAUGUAUUUCGAUCAAAUCCGACAGAAACUAAAGCAUCGUUUAGAUUUAAGUGAUUUACUUAUAAAGCCUGUACAAAGAAUAACCAAGUAUGAAUUAUUGUUAAGGGAGAUAAAAAAGCAAACCGAACGUGCCAAACUGGUAGAAGAAGUACCAAGUAUGGAGGAAGCUUGUGAUGUUAUGAAGGUUGUUUGUAGAGCUGUAAAUGAUAUGAUGGUAGUUCGACGACUCCAAAAGUUUGGAGGACAAAUCACAGCCCAAGGCAAACUCCUGCUUCACGGCCCAUUGGUUUGUGUUGAAGAACAAAAAAAUUCCGAACGAAAUGCAACAAUGGUACAGAAGCCCAGAGAACUUCAAGUAUUCCUAUUCGAACAAAGUAUUAUUUUAGCAGAUAUUGUUGGCAAAAAGACACAGUUCACAAGCCCUUCAUAUGUCUACCGAACUCAUUUACAAGUUAACAAAAUGCAUUUGGAGGAAUUACCAAAUAAUAAAUUUCUACUGAGAUCAACAGAUCCUAAUCGACCGGACCUAUACCAGUAUGUAUGCAAUGCAGCUACGGUCAAACAAAAUCAUGAAUGGCUGGAAACCAUAAGGAAUAUCCUGCAAAAUCAAAAUAAUUUUCUCAACGCUCUUCAAAGUCCUAUAGAAUACCAAAAGAAGUUAACAAAAGAUUCAUGAACAACCGCGAUUUGGGGAAAUUAAACCAAAUGAAAUGUUAGAUCUGUAAAGGCAAUUAUUGGUGAGCUAAGAAAGGAAAAAGAAACUGCAUUUAAGAACACAACAUUUUCUUGUUCUUGUUCUUGAAGUGCUGCCUCAUUAACAUUAUGUUAUUUUAUUUUUGCAUUUUAUUUGUUGCGCUAGAAACACACGUACACCACAUACAUGAUUGUUCUCUAUUUAUGGUUUAAUGUUUUUUUUUUUAAGUCGACUCUAGAAUUGAAAGAGUUUUAUAAUACUUACAUAGAGUUAUAUUUAUUUUUAACUACUAGUUAAUGCUAAUGUUAAGAACAUUUGAGUGAUUUACGUAAUAAGAACAAAAAAUAUUUUUUUACAAAUAAAUUUUACUCUAAUCGAUAUGAUUUUUUGUUUUUUAUGUUUUAUUUUGUAUUUUCAAUUCAUAUUUUUUUAAUUUUUUAUUGUAUCAUUUACAUUAUAAUGUUAUACUCUGAUAAUGUUAUACUUAUUGAUAUAAUACCUAUUUGUAUUAAAGGAAAAUAUGAAACAGUAUGUUGUAAGUGAAGCGAUAUAAGAAAAAAUCUUUUAGAUACAGUGAAAAAAAAAAUAAAUAUAAAGACAAACACUUAUGAAAGUUUAUACAA